AUGGUGUGUGUGCUGGUUCUUAUUCCAAUAGGGAUACUCUUGGUUAUGAGUCUGCCUGUAGCUAGAGGCAGAGACACCCCAGAAGACUUCAUGCUCCAGAUCAAGGGUUUGUGUUACUUCACCAAUGGGACAGAGCAGGUACGCCAUGUGACCAGAUUCAUCUAUAACCGGGAGGAGAUCCUACAGUUUAACAGUGAUGUGGGAGAAUUUCUAAUGGUGAGGGAGCUGGGUCAGUCAUUAGCCAAAAACUGGAACAACCAAAAGAAUCUCCUGGAGCAGUAUCAAGGAUAUGUGAACUCUGUGUGCAGACAUAACUACAGGUUGAUUGAGCCCUUCACAGUUCAGAGAAGAGUUAAGCCCAAAGUGUCCAUCUUGCCUACAAGAUCACAGCCCUUGCAAUAUCACAACCUGCUUAUCUGUGUUGCCACAGAUUUCUAUCCUGGUGAGAUCAAAGUCAGGUGGUUCCGGAAUGGGCAAGAGGAAGCAGAUGGAGUUAUGUCCUCAGACCUCAUACAGAAUGGCGACUGGACAUUCCAGAUCCUGGUGAUGCUGGAAAUCCUUCCCCAGCAUAGAGAUGUCUACAGCUGUCAAGUGGAACAUGGGAGCCUUCUGAGUUCCAUCAUAGUGGAGUGGAGGGUUCAGUCUGAAUCUGCCCAGAGUAAGAUACUGAGUGGAGUUUCAGGCUUCAUCGUGGGCCUGUUCUUCCUUGUGCUGGGACUCACUGCCCAUCUCAGGAAUCAGAGAGACAAUGAGUGGGAUGAGAAAUGGAAAGACAAUUCUGAGUUGGAAAUGGGAUUGUGGAUGGCUGCAGUGAUGGCACACAAGUACUUUGCUUUUAAGAAGCUCAAUGUACAUAAAUUCAGACCCAACAUAAAAAACCCCUGA